UCUGAUACUGAUAAUGUCAGUAUCAUGCGAGUAUCGAGAAAAGCUAAAUCGUAGCAAAACUGGUUUUUAUCAAAGCGCGCAUUGCCACCGCAAAUUAAAUGGAAAUGGUAUUUAUGUGUUAGAAAAUAAAAUAUUUACGACUAAUAAUGAUGAAUGCACUUAUGAUGCUAUAUAAAAUUUCGUAUUUAUUGCCUGCCUAUUCAGUUGUUGAAAGCACAUUCGCAACGAAGGAAGCACCUGAUAUUAACAGAGAUUAUAGCAACAAUGGUGGAAUUCUGGGGCAUUUUUGUGGUAUUUUCCGCCUGCGCAGCAAUCCAGCUGACAGAGUCGCGAAUUCAGCAUGCUUAUCGUCCCACCAGCCUCAGCGCCUCCGAUGAGUUAUCGGACAUUUCAAAUAGUAUAAGCGACUCCUCGAAGGAUGAUAGUGCUUCCAGCUCACUUUUGCAACGAAAUAUGUUUGUGGACACUUCGGUUACUUCUUCAGAUUCAGCGCAGGAGACACAACGCGUAGAACAUUCAACAGUAGCCGAAUCAACCGAAUCAAGCGUAGAGAGCACAACCCCGAGUACAACUACACCGAAGAUACGUUUGAGCUUAAGUGAAAGGCGUGAAGAAUUAUCUGUAUUUACCGACAAUCUCAUGACUGAGUAUUCGAAACAUUACGUGGGUAAAACACGUGACGUCAUCAAAAAAAUUAUUGUUGAACUUGAAACCUCAACCGAAAAGAGUGACAAUCUUGAAGAGAGACUAAUUGAAAUAAAGGCUAUUCUAAAAGAACUGGAUGCUUUUGACAUAGAAUCCGAUGACUUGGAUGAUGCCUCAGAUAUUGUUCAUGAACUGAAUGAUGUGCUUGAUGAGCCUGUGAAUGAGCCACCAGAAAUGGUCGCAGCACUCAGAAAAGUUGGUUGGCUGGAUAUGCGCUACAAGCUGCACGAUGAAACAGUUGCAAUUCUCGACAAAUUUGGCAAAGCAUUCAAUCAGUUUGUGGCUACGCUAUCGCCGUGGGAGCGACUGACAGAGGCCGGAUUAGUCGAGCUAAACAAACGGUUUAACAAAGACAAAACUGUUGACCAAUGGGAUUUGUUCGAUGAGUUUUGGACAUAUUUCGAGUAAUAAACAACUAUAAAUAAUAGACGCUUAUAUAGGUAGAUCUCUCGUGUGCUAUAUUUAGAAUAAAUAUAAUAUGCCGACUUACGACUGUAGAAUUUCUAAUUCAAUUUUUCAUAAUUAUCAUUUCAAUAAACAUCUUUGAACUUUAACUUUG